CGGCUCCGGCGUCAAGCUUGCCCAGCUUCCUCCGGUCGUGACGAGAGCUCCGACGAAGGCUGGCCAACGGUCGUGCAGUGAGCGUCGUGCGGUGAUGUGUUCAGUGUUCGGCGAGAGGAAGAUGAGAGGGAACGAACGGUGCGUUCGGCAAGUGGGAGAAGAAACUGAAGAAACCGAAGGAUGCAGUGUUUUAAAUUUUUUGUUUCGCUAAUCGUUCGGCUUUUUAACCGAUUGAAACGGCAAAUGAACCCAAUGAAAUCUGAAGCUUUCAAAAUAAACGAUGGAGAUUUAUAAAUGUAAGAUCAGAAUUUCUUAUGAGAAGAAAUAUAAUUAAAAACUUUUAUUUAAUACCAAAUUAAAAAAUUACGUUAUAAAUAAAAAAUAUAUAUUUGACGGUUACGAUAUUAAAUGCUUAUUUACACAAACAUUAAAUACAGACCAACCGCACCGCCUAUAAAUCCACAAAAAAAUCACCGAACAGAGACAUCAAAACCCUAAAAUGAAAUCUCACCUCUUUCUCGCAGUCCUUCUCCUCGCCGCCUACCUCUCACUCUCCACCUCCGCCGCCUCCGUCGGCCCCCGGAGGGAUCCACUCGUCGGCGGAUGGCAGCCGAUCAAGAACUUGAGCGACCCGCACGUGCAGAAGAUCGCGAAAUUCGCGGUGGACGAGCACAACAAGAAUGCCCCAAAGCCUCUGAGGCUAAUUAGCGUGCAAUCAGGCGAUACUCAGAUUGUCUCCGGCGUGAACUACCGUCUCAUUAUCGUCGCCGACCUCGGUUUGUAUGGCACUGCAGGCAAGUAUGAGGCGACGGUGUGGGAGAAGAGCUGGGAGAAUUUUCUGAAGCUCACGUCGUUCAAGUCGCUCAGUGUCUGAAACUUCUCUUUAAAAAAAGAAUAAUUGUAGGAAGCUUCUGGAAGGACAGUAAUGGAACUAAAUGUAUGGGAAUGACAUAUUCUAUUAUUAUAAAA